UAUUUUAGUCCUCCAUGACAGAAGACUGUGUGCCGAGACCUCUUACAUCUUCCAUCAGCACCAGGACUGUUCACCAGCACCCAAAAUGAGCAUGAAACUUGAAUUGAAGAAUGUGAAUCUGAGUGCUGGAGAUCAGCUGAAAGUAAAGGGGUUUAUUCUGCCUGAAGCUGAGAGAUUCCAGGUCGACCUCGGCUGUGGUCCAGACGACUUAGCUCUGCACUUCAACCCUCGUUUCCAUGAUGACACUGAUGGAGCGGUUCUCAUUUGCAACUCAAAGACUGCUGGUUGUUGGGGCGAGGAGAAACGGGAAAUACACAACCCCUUACACAGGGGCACAGAUGUCAAGAUUGUGUUGAAGCUGACUGGAAACACAUUUGAAGUGGAGCUUCCUGAUGGACAGGAAGUCCAGUUUCCCAACCGUGAGAACAUGGAUGUCAUUAGCUACAUAAAAAUCGCAGGAGACUUCAGACUGACUUCCUUUAAGAUCUGCUGAGAGACACAACUGCUCUAACAAAUGCAUGCUGUGUUUAUCAGUCUGGUUGAAGAGAUGUAGAUCUUCAGUACAUCAGAAAUUUAUAUUUAUUUAAAAAUGUCCUUUUGUGCACAAGAAUAUAAAAUGUUUAAAUUCAAUUCUGUUUCUACAGUAGCCCAGAAUAAACAAACCAAACACUGAUUCAUUCUCCUACACACACUGGAAGGAACUGUAAAAUCUUACACGUUUGUCCUUUAAAUAAACAACAUCAGACCCUCAUCAGA